AGUGCCCCCCGAGACUCCGUCACGGUCGGCGUGUGUUACGAUUUGGUAAUCACUCACGCUCUAAACGAUCGCUGUAUCGUCGCGAUCCGCGUUUACAAUUCUUUCAAUAGUGCUAGUGAUAAUAACGUCGAUAUAAGAAUUUUGCCCAAUGGUAGUAGUACUGUGCCCACCUGAGCGAUAAACUAUCAGAUGUCUCGUGCUAACCUUAAGUCGAAUUGAAUUUUUUCACACUCACGAUACACUGAGAUAAUUUCGGAGUUGCACAGGAUUUGGUUAUUUUCUUGUGAGAAUCGAGUGCCGCAAAUUUUUGUGUUAGAAAAUGCGUCCCAAAGAAGAAGUAGACCCAAAAAUUCAAAGUGGAACUUUUAUUCUGUCCGAGAAAAUUGAUGAUACUAAAAUGAAAAAAAGUGAGAAGGAGAUGAAAAAAGAAAUGAAAAGGUUAGAGAAAGAGAAACAGGAGAGGGAAAAGCGGGAGAAAAAGGCUCGUGAAAAGGAAAAAGAACGCGAGAAACACUCCAAGAAAGGCAAGGUGGUGUGCGGCGCUUGCGGUGGCAAAUGCAGCGGCGAGGUGCUGCGCGUCACCGACAAGUACUUCCACACCGCCUGCUUCACCUGCCGCACAUGCUCCGCCUCGCUCGCCAAAGGAGGCUUCUUCUGUAAAGACGGCCACUACUACUGUCCCCAGGAUUACCAACGUGCUUUCGGCACGCGGUGUGCUGCAUGCAAUCAGUACGUAGAAGGCGAAGUGGUCUCCGCGCUCGGCAACACCUACCACCAGAAGUGCUUCACCUGCGCACGGUGCAAACGCGCGUUCCCGUCUGGCGAAAAGGUAACGUACACGGGCGCGGAGGUGGUGUGCUCUCAGUGCGUGGCGCCUCAACGUCAGACUGCGCGUGCAUCAUCCGCAGCACCAGCGCCCUCCCCGUCGCCGGCGCCCACCCCCACCCCUGCAUCCGCCCGGACAUUAGCCAACAAUCACGCGCCCACCUCGCCCUCCUCAGCUGGUUCCCCGGACAGGACUGACACGCGGAACCACGAGCCAAAUCCUAAUGAGUGUGCUGGUUGCGGCCAAGAGCUAUCAGAGGGACAAGCCUUAGUUGCAUUAGACAGACAAUGGCACACGUGGUGCUUCUCUUGCGGCGAGUGCGGCGCGGUGUUAGCGGGCGAGUACAUGGGCCGGGACGGUGUACCGUACUGCGAGCGAGACUAUCAGCGGCUGUACGGCGUCAGGUGCGCCUACUGUCAGAGAUACAUCUCGGGGAAAGUGCUGCAGGCGGGUGAGAACCAUCACUUCCAUCCGACAUGCGCGCGUUGCAGCAAGUGUGGAGACCCUUUCGGUGACGGAGAGGAGAUGUUCCUGCAGGGUGCCGCCAUAUGGCAUCCUCGAUGCGGCCCCGCGCCUCACGACCCUUGCGACUUAGACCGGCCCUGCUCAGAGCUCCAGUAUGGGUCACGUGCGGCAUCACCGGGCACGGGUCUAGGGAUGCGCGGGUGCCGGGGCUCCGAUGGGGGCUGGUCCCCACACCGGAUUACUGCAUACAGCUAUCUAGCGGCGGAGCCUGCCCCCUUGCGGCGGCCCCUGCAGCCCGCGCCCCCCGCCUCACCGCACUUCCAUCGCCCGCCAUCGUCCAGUUCUACUCGUGCUUCGUCCCGCGCGGGCAGCAAGGCAUCCUCUCGUCCAGGCAUGCGCGUGCUCGUAGACUCCAUGUGUAACGAUGCGCCCAGACCAAAGUCUCCGCAUAUGAACAACGAGGAGCCGAUAGAGUUGUCGCACUAUCCGUCGGCGUAUAAGCCGCCUCCUGGUACGCAGCCCAAGAUAGAGAGGGAUGAUUUUCCCGCCCCGCCAUAUCCUUAUACUGAUCCUGAACGACGCCGGCGUUGGUCGGACACGUACAAGGGUGUGCCGGACAGCGACUCUGAACCGGACGGUGAACGAGUGAACGGCAACGGGAACGGGCUCGAUCACAAGCUGCGCAGAGAGGAACAAGAGUUAGCCAAGAUCGAUACUGGCAUCGCGCAGGUAUUUUUAAAAGAAGUGAAAGAAAGAGAAAAACUUCAACAAUGGAAAAAGCAAAAUUUAGAUCCAAGAAACGCAAGCAGAACGCCAAGUGCGGCCCGUGAGGCGGGCUCUCGUCUCCGUUACUCUUCCCCGGUUGGCGCGUCUCCCUCUCGCUCGCUCGAUCAUCCCCGCCACCAUCAUGCGCAUACGCUCUCGCACGCGCAUGUGCCAACGUACAACGUGGUAUCAUCGCUGAGGUCAGCUCCUCGUCCCGGCUACGGACUUUCCAACAGAUCACACACCUUCUCCUCGAGCACCGCUGGUGACUUCACAUUCAGCGGCAUGGGCGACAAGACACACAGCACAGAUUUCAGCAGCGGCAAAUCUGAUAUAUCUGCCGGCUCGAUUACUGACGUCGAUAGGAGUGCUGUGACGACAACUGACGCCGGUAUUGUGGUACGCGGGGGCAGCACACUGGGGGCGGCGCCGCGCGGUAUGGGCGUGGGCUCGGUGGGGGGAGGGGGAGGGGGCGUUCGCCGCUCGCUGCCCAACAUGACCACCUCGCAUCUACUGCACGAGCCCGCCAAAUUGUACCCGUACCAUCUGCUGCUCAUCACCAAUUACCGUCUGCCGCCUGAUGUCGACAGGCUCAAUUUAGAGCGUCACCUUUCCGACGCGGAGUUCGAGGCAAUCUUGCAAGUGGGUCGUCAGGAAUUCUACCGCCUGCCGCAGUGGAGGCGCAACGAGCUCAAACGACGCGCAAGGCUGUUCUAAACAUCCACACACAAGAAAAAACAUCACACUCCGCUACCGGAACCAGUCAUUAACCUUCGCUUCAGUAAAGUUUCGGUCCUGCGAGCCGGACGUCAUGCCUAGCGGUCGCAAUCAUAUACGAAUAUAGGAAUCGAAAUUAGCGAGAUAUAUGCAGGGCGGGCUAGUAAGUCCGUCGCGAUAAUUCAUACCUAACUAUAAUAUUAUAUAAAUUUUUAUGGCAAUUUAAAGAGUCGAUGAAAGGAAUUUUAUCAGUGAUUUUUAAAGUGAAGACUAUGCUUUUGAAGUAAUAAAAAAUUGCAUUUC